UGCAAUUCAUUUCUUGACAACGUUAGCCAUGUGCUGAGCCAAGUUCCGUAACAUUUCACUAUGAUCUUGACGCUAACUGCCGCUCGAAACGGACUGCCGAUUGCCGCUCGUACGCUCGCACAUUGACCGGCGCCAUGUUGCUACGGCACUACUGUGCUCGUCUGCGCUGGUUCGGCUAACUGCUGUUAGGCUUACCGUGUAGUGCGCAGGCGUUUGCGACGCCGGUGACGCCUCCGUAGAAGUGAAAAAAGAUCGGAUGAUCGCCAGCAUCGAGCCCGAAUUUCUUCUCCACCGUAAGGUCUAAAGAUUGACAACAGGUAUGCCGACGCCUAUGCGUCUGCGAGACCUGAUUCGUCAGAUCCGGGCAGCUCGAACAGCAGCAGAUGAGCGGGCAGUUGUGCAAAAAGAGUGUGCUUAUAUCCGAUCAACAUUCCGUGAAGAGGACAACACCUGGCGCUGUCGCAAUGUGGCCAAACUCCUCUACAUUCACAUGCUUGGCUAUCCUGCACAUUUUGGUCAGUUGGAGUGCCUGAAGCUGAUAGCAUCAUCACGUUUUACGGACAAGCGUAUUGGUUACCUGGGAGCGAUGCUUCUCUUGGAUGAGCGGCAGGAUGUACACCUGCUUAUCACCAACUCGCUGAAGAAUGAUCUGAGCAGCCAAACUCAGUUUGUGGUUGGCCUAGCACUUACUGCUUUGGGUUCUAUCUGCUCACCAGAAAUGAGUCGUGACUUGGCCGGUGAGGUGGAGCGUCUUCUAAAAACGUCAAACGCCUACAUUCGCAAGAAGGCUGCCUUGAGUGCCUUCAGGAUUAUUAGAAAGGUUCCAGAGUUGAUGGAAAUGUUUAUUCCUGCAACACGGUCACUCCUCACUGAGAAGAACCAUGGUGUGCUUAUCACAGGGGUCAUCCUCAUCACAGAAAUGUGCGAGAAGAGUCCAGACACAUUACAGCACUUCAAGAAAGUGAGAACGUUGGUUCCCAAUUUGGUGCGGAUUCUGAAGAACCUUAUCAUGGCUGGCUAUUCUCCUGAGCACGAUGUCUGUGGCGUCAGUGACCCCUUUCUUCAGGUGAAGAUAUUACGACUGCUACGACUGCUGGGCCACAAUGACCCUGAGGCAAGCGAGGCCAUGAAUGACAUCUUGGCUCAAGUUGCUACUAACACUGAGACUAGCAAGAAUGUGGGCAAUGCGAUCCUGUAUGAGUCUGUUCUCUCUAUAAUGGACAUCAAAUCGGAGAGUGGACUGAGAAUAUUGGGGGUAAACAUUCUGGGCAGGUUUCUCCUCAACACGGACAAGAACAUUCGCUAUGUGGCUCUCAACACACUUCUCCGGACAGUGCAUGCCGACUACACCGCGGUUCAGAGGCACCGCAAUACCAUCCUAGACUGCCUGAAGGAUCCUGAUGUUUCAAUUCGGAGACGUGCACUGGAGCUAUGUUUUGCACUUAUCAACACGCAAAAUAUUCGAGCCAUGACGAAGGAGUUGCUGGUGUUUUUGGAGAAGGCUGACCCCGAGUUCAAAGCCCUUUGUUCCUCAAACCUUUUCAUUGCUGCAGAAAUGUAUGCGCCAACAAAGCGGUGGCACAUUGACACCAUGAUCAAAGUGUUGACAACAGCGGGUAACUAUGUGCGGGAUGACGUGGUGGGCAGCCUCAUCCAGCUCAUAUCAGAGACUAGCUCUCUACACACAUACACAGUUCAGCAGCUGUGGCAGCAAAUCUCCCAGGAAGACUUCUCUGCACGGCAACCCUUGGCACAGGUGGCUUGCUGGUGCAUAGGAGAGUUUGGUGACUUGCUCAAUUCUUCUGAUGGGGCUGAUGCGGAGCCUGUAAAUGUCACUGAAGAUGAAAUCAUAGAUUUUUAUGAAAAGAUGCUGAGCAACAAUCAAGUGCAGCUAGUAACGAAGGAGUACGCAGUCACAUCACUAAUGAAACUAAGUGUGCGUUUUACAUCGUCUGCACCGCGGAUAAAGAAAGUUGUGGAUGCUUUCGGUGGUAACAUGAAUGUUGAGUUGCAGCAGCGUUCCAUUGAGUUCUCUUCACUGUUUUCCAAGUUUGAUCACCUAAGAGGGAGCCUUCUGGAACGCAUGCCUCCAAUGGAGAGCAGGUCUCUCGCAAGCUCAGCUGCAUUGGACAAUGGUCAGGCACGCGAAGAUGAGAUCCUGCUUGAUGACCAAGCCCCCAGGGAUGCCCAAAACACUCCAUCUGCAGUCACUGGUGGCCCUCCUGCAGAAUCGAGUGCAUUGCUGGACCUCCUGGGAGGUAUGGCAUCACCUGUGGAAUCUGCAAGUCUACCUUCAACAGCGUCUAGGAGUGAAGGCGAUGUACUUGAUGUAGGGUCGACAUCCUUUGAGGCUAGCAAUCCUCCACCUACUGGAAGCACUGGUAGCAGUGACCUGCUUGAUCUUCUGGGGGGCCUUGACCUCUCAGCUCCAACGCCUGCAGCCCAAACAGCACCGUCAGCAACAUUAAUUUCAUCCCUAAGCAGUCUAGGCGCUCCUGUAGUUCCUGAUGGCAUUGUCAGCAGGCCACCUGUGCUACCUACCACAAAUGGCAUUCCCCCAAUGACGGUUUUUGAGAAAGAUGGCUUGAAGUUAGACUUUGCCUUUGAGAAAGAACCAUCGAGCCCACAGACAGCAGUGAUUCAUCUGACAGCCAUCAAUCUGUCAUCCUGUCCAAUGACAGAUUUCCUGUUUCAGGCAGCUGUCCCAAAGACAUUCCAGCUGCAGAUGCUACCACCAGACGGCUCUGUAGUACAACCAAACAGUUCUGGAUGUGUCAGACAAACCAUCAAGGUGACAAGUCCUCAAAAGAACCCAUUGAGGAUGCGAAUCAGAAUAUCCUACAGCAUCAAUGGUGCUCAAGUCCUUGAGCAGGCUGAAGUGAACAACUUCCCAGCUUCUGUGUGGCAGUGAAAGGAUUUCUGUCACACCAUUUCACUCCUGAGAACUCUCAGUUCACAUGCUGGUGGGCAAGAUGGCUGCAGAGUUCUGUCACAGAGCCUCAUGCUUAGAAGUGAAAAAAUGAAGAGGACAAACAGCUUUGAGAGAUGAUGGAUGUCUGCAUGUAAAAGGACUUGGCAGAGAGGAAGGGAAUUGAUAAGGAAAAAGCCACGAGAACUGCUAUACAAGUCAGCAGAGGAGCCAAGUGCCAUUUUUCCAUUCCCUUAUUUCACAUUCUAUGCUCCUCAUUCCCUUCCUCUUCCAGAACAUCCAAGUAACCUUGCAGCUUUUGUAGGUGCAACCAACAUCUUAGUCAUUGUUUUCUUCACCACUCUCCAAAAGGCGGUGUUGCACUGGGCAACCUGACUUUGUUAAAAGAGUUGCACUGUGCAACAGUGACUUCACAUGUUGGGUCACUCUAAUGAUAUGUCCCUUUUUGUUGUUGCAGAACACGUUUAGGCAUGUUAUGAAUGCUGUAUGAAAAAUGAAAUAUUGCCUACCUUUUUUUUUUCUGAUCACUUUUGCCCUUGCGUUUCGAUCAUCAGUUUAUUCUAUUGUGCACGUCGCUCAAGAGUUUAGAUUUUGAGAUGCCAUGCUGGUUUGUUUUUUUCUCUUGAUGAGAGGCCAGCAGUUAGAGAACAGGCCACGGUGCUCUGGAUGUGCUUAGCCAUUCCAUCCACAGGACAAAUGGGGGACAGGAACGACUGAAUGGUUUUUAAGUCCCUUGUGUCCUCCCCAGCUUAUUUUUUUUUUUUCUUGCUUACUGGAACUGUGACAUCUAGGACACCAGUGCUUAUGGAUGUAUAAAGAAUGUGUACCCGUGAGCACUAGCCAUUGCAGGAUAUUUUAGAAAGAUAUUUCUGUGGAGCUACCAACACACUAGUUUGUUGCCUGCAUUGCCUUUUGCCAAAGGCUGUUGUGGUCUGGAGUGCUUCAUAUAGAGAAUGUUUAAGGCAGGCAACAGCAGUGGUGAACACGGUCCUUGCAAGCUUUUAUUUAGGGAUUAUAAUGUAAAUAGCCCUUGUUUCUUGCUUCUUUUACUUUUUUUUUAGUGUAGUGCAGCGUUAUGAUCUGUCCAGAGAGAAUUUAUACACACCUAUACAUAUAUAUAUAUAUACAUAUAUAAAUAUUGGUGAGUGCUAAGAUGUCAGAGAAGGAAGGUUGAGAGGAACGUGAAGAGUGGUGCAUCAGAAGGUGUUGUAGACGAGCUCGCUGUAGCCAAGUGUUCCAUACUGGAAAAAGAUAAGUGCCGUUAUUCAAUAUUUCAGAGCCGUGCAAUGGUAUCUGGGGUUCUCUGGAAAUGUGCAGUUUGGUUCCUCUAUUUAGAGCAAAUAAUUGUGUGCAAGAUAUUUCAGUGUUUCCAGUUGCUCUGUAGGAGUCUAGGCAUUACACAAUUUUUGUAAAAAGGAAAUUGGUCUUGUAUACACAUGUUGGGUUUCACUGAUGUGACACUUUUUCUGCUUGCUAUAAUUGAACGAACGUGUUUUUUUUUUAGUUGGACUGUGUGAGGGUUUAUGGAAUGGUUGUUGUUUAGGAAUGCUUGUUUAACUUAAAAAAAAUAAUAAAAUAAUGAACAUUUUUA